AUGUUUCCCCUGAAAGGUCGCCUCUUUUUGGCCACCCUCUCGCAUGCAAUAUUCUCACAGUAUGGAGAAAUUAUGGCAGCAUGUUUGAAUCUGAUGAAUGUUCCGAUUAAGGAGUUCUUCCGAGAAAGUUUGAGAAAGAAUUAUGGAGUGGAGAGUGAUCAGAGUUUCGAAACGAUAUUCUCAGCAUGUGCCUCUUUUAUGUUCAUCGGAUUGGCUAUCUCAUUUGCAGUUAUGGGAAAGUUGAUGGAUGGUUUGGGAAGGAAGGAAACGAUAUUGUUACGAAGUUUCCUUGGGAUCCUCGGAUCAGUAUGCAUGCUAACAUCCCUUCUUACCAACCGAUUCGAAUUAUAUGUCAUCGGACAUCUGAUAGCAGGAAUGCUUCAAGGACUCCGAGUAGUUUUGAUCAUAUGGAUUGCCGAGUGUUCUCCUGAUUCAAAAAGAGGUCUCACCUCACUUUUUAUUAAUUCUGGAGGUGUUAUUAUGACACUUCUAGUCACUCCGUUGUGUCUACCAACUGUCUGGGGCACUCAGCAUUUGUGGUUCCUCCUCCCCUGUAUAACCGCUCUCCUAGCCACAGCCCAUCUCAUCGUCACAAUCUUCCUUCCCCAGUCACCAAAGCAUCUAUUCAUCCAGCAAAACGAUGAGGAAGGAGCUAGAAAAGCGUUGAGAUUCUAUUACGGAGACAAUGAAACCAAAGAAAUCGACGGUGCGAUUCGAGAAAUGAUUCACGAGAAUAAGCAAGCAGGGAAGGGGAAAACUAGUGUUCUCGAUAUUUUGCAGCAUAGGACACAUAGAUUCUCCCUGUUCCUUGUCUUCAUUUGCUCCCUUGUUCCAGUCUUCUCUGGCCUUAACAUCAAAUCUCAAUAUCUAGUAGAAAUCCUGAUAUCCUAUGGACUAUCCCAAUCCAACUCAACUAUCGCAAUUAUGGUAAUUAGUGCAAUCUCCCUCCCGGUAUCCUUCAUCGCACCACUUAUCAUCGAAAAAUACGGAAGACGUCCGAUUUUUGUGCUCCUCACUUGGCUUUGUGCCUUCGAAUGGGUUGGAUUAGCGAUUCCCGAAAUGGCGAAUAACUUCGGAUGGCUAUUUGAAACCAGAUGGAUUUUUGCGUGUCUCGCUGCAAUUCUUGGACAGAGUGCUGUCAAUUUGGGAAUGUUGGUUAUGGCACCGAUUAUGAUUUCCGAGUUGUGUCCACAUAAUAUUAGGGCGACAGUUGGACAGGCGACACAGGUCCCACCUAUCUUUAUUGCUGUCCUCGAAGUCUUCAUGUUUCCUACUCUCCGAGCUCAUUUCGGAUUCUCAAUGUUUUUGUUCCUUGCCACGUGUUGUGCAGCUCUUGCCACGAUUCUCCACACUCAGAUGCUUGAAACCGCUGGAUUAGCUGUUGAUGAAAUCGUUGCUCGACUUGGCGGCGAGCCCACACUGACCAGGUCAAACACCUCUGUUGGUUGGAUGCACUAUGGCAGCCUUUGGGAGAAGGAACCGGAGCCAAGCGCUCGGAAAGCAACGAAGGAUUUACUUAUUUUUUAA